CAAAUCGGCACACAGAAGUUUACAAAAUCAAAAAAAAAAGUAUUUUCCACAAAAAAAAUAAAAAUAAAAAUAAAGUUUUGGAAAUUGAAAAUCCUGGUAAAGUGAAGCUACCGAAGCCAAAUGAAGAGUUCCAAGUCCUUGGAAGUUAUCUUUGAAGUGGGCCGGCCUCGUCCCAACUUCCAAAGACUGAUAUCCUUCAGUGAGACAAAGCCAGAGCCGCCGCCGCUGGUCGUCCGCCACCAGAGAUCGGGUGCCCUCUGCCGGCAGAGAUCCUCCUUGAGCGAGGUGCGCUUGCGCUGCCCGGACUCCAUGGUCCGGGCCACCAUUGUGAGCGUCAACCCGCUGACCGGCCGGCCCAUGGCCUGGGCGCAGACCUUCCACCGAUCCCUCAACCCAAGGUUCGUGCCGCCGCACAGGAACUUGCAGCGGCGUCCCAAGACCAUGGACUUACAAAUGGAGCGCAUGAUGACCCAGCUGGAAGUCUCCCACAAAGAUGAGCACAUUGAUGUCAUCUACAGGAGACCAAAGAACAGUACGAAAAAGAUGUCAACGAAGAAGGAGAUAAAGGAAGAUGAGGAGAAGCUGAAGGAGCAGGAGGAGAAGCUGGAGAUUAAAGAGAAGAAGGUAGUAGAUAAGGGAGAGAAGUUAGAGGAGAAAGUAGAGAAGAAAGGAGGGAAAAGGGAAGAGAAAACGGAAAAGGAAACACUGGAGGAGGAAGUGGAGGUGAUCCUAAUUAAGUCCAAGGUGCAGUGCUUCGACAAGGCCACCUCCAUGAGCAGCUUUUGUAUUCCGAUAGAGUCUUCCCGCUCCUUUCUGGACAAGACGACCUCCAUGUCCAACAUGUGCCUACUCUCCCAGGAUAAUGUCCCCCUCCACAGUUGUCGCAGCUUCGUCAUACUGCCCAAACCGACCACUAGAGCUCCCGAGGGCCAAAGAAUUAAGGAGGAACUGAAUCGCAUGAUCACCCAGUACGGAUUGUCGGUCGGACAGUUGGCCAAAAAGCUUCAGAUUAUUAAAGGAGAACAACUUGCUGCAGAGAAGGUGAGCCAACCGGAGCCGGAAAUAAAUAUAAAAAAGAUCCCAAAGCCAGCACCAGGAAUAGAGCUGAAACUGGUGCCGCCGACAGAGUUGUCGGCCAUCGUGCCCUGGAGCACCACCGACUCUGAACAGGACGAAAAUCGCGUCGAGGAUAGCCUUAGUUCUAGUGAGCCAGUUUCCACUAGUCCGCCCAAUAACGGCUCUGGCUACUCCUGUGCAUACGAGAGCGAUGACACCAGAAAACCGGAGCAAGAUCUCAAGAAGCUGUAUCCAAACCCGAUCGAACAGGCGGUGGCUAAAGCGGAGGAGCCCACGAAUAGUUUCCCGGAUUCUGGCCAGACCAGCGACUGCCAGGACCCAGAUCUUUGCUCGGCGGCUGUUCUUUCCGCAGCUUUUGCCCGGAGCCACAAGAUGUUCGAGCGCCUUGCCAGGGAGUCCUUGAAAAUGGCGCCUCCAACGGCCCCAAAGCCACCAAAUCCGGGGCGCCUCCAAGCUGCAGGUGGCAAGCAAAAAAAAUAGCAUUUCUGUUUUAUUCUUUCGCGUAAAUUGUUUAGUGAAAAAGUAAAAAAAAAAUCAGUUGGAAAAUUUUCAUAAUUUCAAAAAUAUUGAAUGUUUUUCAAAAUAUUUUCGAAAACAAAUAAAAUUUGUACGUUUACCAACACUGAUGGCUCAUAUCUUCGCAACUAGUGCUGUAAAAAGACAAAGAAUGUGUGACCAGAGGCCGUUAGAGGUCGCGGUUUUGCAAGUUCUAGUAAUAUUUGCAAGUGAUUAAGAUUAUUUAGCCACUUAUUGUUAGGUGCUGCCUACGAGGUAAUUCUUAUAUUGCAAUUAAAUCAAAUAAAAGGGUACUUUCGGCCAGAUAAAGUGUUCAAACCGAUCGAACUGAUGAUCGAAUAGUGUUGUGGAGCAAAAUAGGCCGCCGCCCGGUAAUUUACAGCACGGUAGCCCCCAAACGACUGGCAACCCUCCGCUUUCCCGCCUUUUUCUAUGGCGAGAAACGGACACUUAUUAAUCAGUUGCAUGCCCGUGAGAAGAAGAAACGAGAGGCGAGUGCCAGUUCAUAAGAGGAAAACCAAAGGAAAAUAGUCUCCGCAUAGUGACCGCUUAGAAAUAGUACCCAUUCCAUACCCGUUUCCCGCCGCUGCCGACCGCUGUUGCCGCCUUCGUCACCGCCUUCUGUGCCGCACCCCCACC